AUGCCGCAAGAACGAGGCUUCCCCUCGAGCAGCCAAAAGCGCGGCCGCUCUCGUUCCAGAUCUAGAUCACCUCCACGCAAGCGCCCCGGCGCCUCAGCCCGUACAAAUCGCGACCGAAGACCCCCUCCGGGUCCUAGCAGGUCCCGGUCAGAUGCAAGAGAUCCCAGCCCACCUCGCUCACCCUCGCGCUCCCCACCCCGCCAGCUAAAGCGUCCCGGCGGCGCUGCGCGUAUCAGUCAAGCCGAGCGCGAAGCAGCCCGUCGUCGCCAAGAAGAACGCGAGCGGGAACUGGAAAGAGAAAGGCAAGCCGCGGCAGCGGCAAGAGGAGUGGGUGAUGUUGUGAAGCAGCACUACAACGCAGUGCCUGAGCGUGGCCGCGAAUGGCGGAAGACGGACAGCAAGAUCAAGGGACUCCGAAGCUUCAACAACUGGGUGAAGUCAUGUAUAAUCCAGAAGUUCUCGCCAGGCGAUGAGUCCCUGGGAGAAUCAAGGUACGGGGAGAACAUUCUUGUGCUGGACAUAGGAUGUGGUAAGGGAGGAGACCUCCAGAAGUGGCAGUCCGCACCUCGCCGUGUCGAUUUGUAUGUCGGCAUCGAUCCCGCAGACGUUUCGAUUGACCAGGCAAGAGGCCGGUACGAGCAGAUGAAGAGGAAACCGUAUCGGGGCCGGCCACAGCACGUUUUCCACGCCGAGUUCUUUGCGAAGGACGGUUAUGGUGAAUGGCUUGGCGAUAUCCCUAUCAUUCGCGAGGUCGGAAUCGACCCAAGCGUUGGGCCAGAUAGCGGCGGUGCUGGUCGGUUUGGGGGCGGCGGCUUCGAUGUGGUCACAAUGAUGUUUUGUAUGCACUACGCGUUUGAAAGCGAACAGAAGGCCCGCGGGAUGCUCCGCAACGUCGCCGGCUCCCUGAAGAAGGGAGGACGAUUCAUCGGGGUCAUCCCCAACUCAGACAUUCUCUCAGCUAAGGUGGAAGAGUUCCACAAGAAGCAUGGUAAAGGUAAGGCCCCUCAGGGCGGGGCUAAUGGCUCGGAUUCGCCUACGUACGCUAGCGACGACGACUGGGAUCCUGAGAAGCCUGCGGAGGAGCCGAAGGAGGAAGCGCAACCUGCAGAGAAAGAGGAAGGCGAGGUAGCCAAGGACGAGUCUGUCGAGUGGGGCAACAGCAUAUACCGCGUCAAGUUUCCAGGAAAGACUCCUGCAGAUGGUGUCUUCAGACCUCCUUUCGGCUGGAAAUACUUCUACUUCCUUGAAGAGGCUGUGGAAUCCGUACCGGAGUACGUUGUUCCAUGGGAAGCUUUCCGAGCUCUUGCGGAAGACUACAAUCUAGAACUACAAUACCGGAAACCGUUCAAUGAGAUCUGGGAUGAAGAGAAUGGCGAUCCGAUCCUUGGACCUUUGAGCGAGCGUAUGGGUGUCAGGAGCAGGGAUCGUGGACCGUUGUUGAUUCGCGACGAGGAAAUGGAGGCCGCAAGCUUCUACCACGCUUUUUGCUUCUAUAAGGUCUAG